AUGAAAAUAAUCCUUGCAAUAAUUUCUCUUUCGAUCAUCGUGAUUCGAGACGCUCUGGUGUUUUAUCUCGGCAAAAAAUACGAAAUGUACGUUGACUACCAAUGGAUCAAAUUCAAAAACGACUACUCCAAAACCUACGACUCCUUGGGCCAGGAGUUAUAUCACUACGAUGUCUUCCAGGAACACCUAAAGAGAAUAGAAGAACACAACAAGAAAUACGAAGCUGGAAAGGUGUCAUGGAUGGAAGGAAUCAACGAGUUCAGCGAUAUGAAUAAUCUGGAAUUGAAAGAGCAGCAUUUAUUUGGUCUAAUAGAUGACGUAAACGCCACACUCGAAACGAGACGCUCACGUAUGAAAACGCACGUUAAGAAUGGUAAUGCACCGGACUCGAUAGAUUGGAGGAAAUUAAAAGUUAUGACACGGAUCAAAAAACAACAGAAAGAUCUAAGGUAUUGCGGAUGUUGUUGGGCCAUAUCCGCGGUGAGUGCUAUCGAAAGUCACUACGCUAUAAAAACUAAAGAACUGAUAGAAUUAUCCGUGCAAGAGUUGAACGAUUGUACUAAAGAACCCUUGACCAAGGGGUGUAAGGGCGGCAAAACAAUGGAUGCAUUUGAAUACGCUAUGGAUAACGGCUUGGAUACCGAGGAAUCUUAUCCUUUCGAAGCCAUAGAUGGAAAAUGUCGAAAAACUAAAUCAAAGGUUAAAAUAAGCGGUUAUACUAUCGUACCACAGAAUGAUGAAUAUUUGAUAGAUGCCGUAGGUACCGUUGGGCCAGUAUCUGUAGCUGUGAAAUUCGAUCCUUUUGUAGACUAUGCAAAAGGCAUCUUAAGUUGUCCUGAAAAAGGAGCAGGGCCUAUUAAUCAUGCGGUACUUCUUGUUGGUUAUGGAGAGGAAGAUGGCGUACCAUACUGGUUGUUGAGGAACUCUUGGGGGAGUGCUUGGGGAGAAGGGGGUUAUUUUAGGAUACAAAGAGGCGACAGUAAGCACGAUUGCGGAAUCCAUUUUAUAUCCAUUUAUCCCAAUAUGGAAUAAGAAAAUUAGGGGAAAAAUUAGGAAAAUACCGAAGAGUAAGGGAAAGUCGAUAGAAAUGAGAAAGGACAAGAAUGAUCGGUUCUUUGUUAACAAAAUUUUUAAUAAAUAUAUUUUUUGCAAUAUUGCGAAUAACGCAUUACCUCUUUAUGUCAUGCUUAAUCAUUUUUAUUUUACAACAAGAAAAAAUAUAUAAAUAAUAAGCAUAAAAAAUAAAUUAAU